AUGGCGCGCGGUGAAGCGUUCUUCGUCGCUGAAGCUUCGGAACUGCCGGGCGUCCCUGAGCGGCCAGGCCCCCCUGACACUCAGCCACAGCCGCUGCCUCUGCGCGCCACUCUGACGUCGCCCGCCAUGACGACCACCCUCUCUGCAGCAGAGGGGGCCGAUACCGAAGUCGCAGGUCCAGGCGCCAAGCGGCGAAGCGCGAGUGUGGCGAUGGCCGUUGAGGCCAUGACCGACUGGAUGAGACGGAGGUUCAGCGUGUCUCCUAAGGCUGCUGCGCUGGUGUUUCGGGAGAGGACGACCAGCAUGAGAAAGGGCGGCGAGAGAAAGAGCCAGGGCGGGGACAGGCCGACGCUGAUGCGAGAGAAGAGGGACGACACGUCCCUGUGGCGGGAGUAUCUGCAGCGGGCGGACUGUGUGUUGGAUCCCAUGGGUCCGCUUAUGCGGGUGUGGGACGCCGUCAUUGUGGUUGUGUUGAUAUGGACGGCCGUUGUCACGCCAUACGAGGCAAGCAAUUAAUGCGACAGAGAGACACGUCGGUGUGAUUGGUGUCUUUGUUGGUGUGUCCUGUCCUGCAGGUGGCGUUCCUUGAGACCAAGUGGGAUUGGCUGUUUGUGGUAAAUCGGCUGAUCGAUCUCUUGUUCCUUGUCGAUAUGAUCUUCAACAUGUUCUUCGUCAUGUACCUCAAACAAGACUCAAAGACUGGUGCCAGAUGGUGAGUGAGCAGCAACGAAAUGGAUCACACACCACACAUGGAUUAAGGGAUGGGUGUGCAAUUAGGGUCAAGGACCGUCGGAUGAUAAUGCGUCACUACCUCAAGGGGUGGUUCGCCAUUGACCUGCUGUCCAUCCUGCCAUUCGACGUGCUGGGGCUGCUCUACGAGUCGAAAACCAUUCAGCGACUCAAAAUCGUCAGGGCUUUGCGACUGCUCAGACUGCUCAAACUCGGUAGGAUGAAGGCGACACAAAUGUCUCGUUUAUUCAUCGUUUCACGUGUGUCAUGCAUGUGUCAGCGCGUGUGUUGAGCACCAGCCGUGUGUUCAAGCAGAUGGAGACGUCCGUCAGCUGGCCCUACGGCAAAAUAGCACUUGUUAAGUUCGCCGUGUUGAUCGUCGUCGCUGGCCACUGGAUGGGUAUGGCUUCCGGCCAUCAAAGGAUAAAUGAACACAUCUACUCCACCAUGUCUCGCUGCCCGUCUGUUUGCCUCUGUCUGACUAGCGUGUUGCUGGGGCCUGGUCGGCCGCAUGGAGGAGUCGAUUGCGAAAGAAAGCGGCCCUCUCCCCCCUGGCGCCGACCUUGAGGCGGCCCGAAACUGGCUGGAGUAUGUGCAGAUGGACAAGGGCGGGCCGGAAAGCGACGACCAUUUCGGCAUCUAUGCUGGUGAGUCGAGUCGACCGGGGUGACUGCGUCCGUCAUCCAAUAGUAUGUUCGUCUGUGUGUCCUCAGUGAGUAUUUAUUGGGCAGUGAUGACGUUGACGUCGAUUGGCUAUGGCGACAUCCACGCGCAGAACACGACCGAGUACCUCAUAUCGACCGCGCUCAUGGUCAUCGGGGCGUGCAUAUGGGCGUUCAUCAUCGGUACGGCGCGCCGUGCCGUCUGUGUACUUCCUCCUUAUUUGUGUGUUGCUCUCUUUCUGUUGCCGUGUUGCCGUGUGGUUGUGUAGGUACUGCGUGUGGUAUCUUGUCUCAGCUGGAUGUGUAUGCCACCAGCUUCAACCAAACCAUGGACGAGCUCAACUUCAUGCUGCACGACAGAUGUACGGCCGUGCCGCACCACACACACCGCAUAUUUAUGGAUCAGACGCAUUCCUCCCUCCCUCCCUGUCUGUCUGUCUGUCUGUUUCUGUGGAUACUUACAUACAGCGAUCAAGGGCGAUUUGCGUCGCCGUCUGCGUCUCUUCUUCCACCAGUCGCGGAGCCUACAGCGCCUGAUUUUCUACAACAGACUCGAAGCACAAAUGUCCCCGGGACUGCAGGCAGGCAAUGUGCCCAUACAUACAAUGGUAGCCUGGUGAUGUCUAUAUACACAUUUGCAGGGUGAGAUGGCUCUGGCGACCAACGAGCGGUGGAUAUCCCGGGUCCGGUGGCUGCGUCGCACCAGUGUGGCCUUCAACAUCGAGUUGGCUCAGAGCCUCAUUCCGGCAGCUUAUGAGCAGAAGGAGAUCAUCCAGCUGCCGUGCACUAUGUGCUUUCUCGUCAAGGGCGUGGCCAUCCGCGGCGACAAGCUCGUGAUGAAAGGCAGCAUCUGGGGGGAAGACAUGAUUCUCGGUCAGCCGGUCGGGCCACAAUUACAUCUUCAUGUGGACGUCUGCAAGCAAUUCCCUUGUUGCGUGCGUGCAGAUUCCUGGAAGUUGAUAGAGCAUGAUCCGGCGGUGUCGCUGACGUAUUGCGAGAUCCUCUACGUCACGAGGUCCAAGCUGGACGAGCUCAAACUGAGGUGCCCAUGCGACCAAUGCAGAGGGUAUUCCCUGCGUGCAUCUUCAUAUGGUGCAGACACCCAGGUGAUGCGGCCAUUAUCCGUGAGCACCAGGUGCGGUUGGCGGUGCGGCGGGCCUUCCUGCUCUUCGCCCGAAUGAGGAGGACGCAGCCCAAGCCUACCGACUUCUUGUCGAAACUCACACACAAACUCUCUGAGGUACGCGAGAGACACAUGCACACACACACGCACGUGCCUCCCUGCCUGUGUGUGUCUGUGUGUAUCUGUUCCAUUAGAUGAUGAACGCCGAGAAUGAGGACAUGUGCGUGAGCCGAGCCGGCCAUUCGACCUGCCUGUGUGGCUGUAUGCCUCCGUCUCUCUCUCUUUCCUCCCUCUGUGUGUUCUGCAGGAUGGUGCAGACGACAGACCGGAUGUCGGCGCAGUGGGGCAUGUUCAGCCAGCCACUCAUCCUCUACGAAAUCACACAGAAACUAAACACAUUGGACAGAAGAAUCAACGACAUCGCCACGUACUAGUCAUACACAUGUCUCUCUCUCUCCAUGCAUAUUGCUCUCGUGUACGUGUGUCUCAUUGAUUCGAUCAGCGGCCGACCGCCGUCGGCAAUAACGCCCGGUACACCAGCCAUGCCGGCCAUACCCGCAGCCGCCGGCGGGCCCUCCCCGUCCCCGCAGCAGCUGUUGCAGGCCAUCGAGUCGCUACGCCAUGUGCUGUUGGAGCACUGCGCGGCCAUGGGCAGGCAAGGUGAGGCAGCGGGGAGGGUCCCGGUAGGUGAGGGGCGGCAGACGGAGAGUCCCAUGAUGGACCCCGAACGAGUGGAUGAGGCCACUGGGCCGCAGCCCAACAGCGGCCGGCCUGACUGAGUGGGUGAGGUUCACCCGAUCGCGAUAUAUCGAUGCGUCUUGAUCCAUAGUCAUUGAGACGUUUUCUU